AUGGAAGUCCAUGAACUUGUUGCUCGAAUCAAAGCAGAUCAUAAAAGUUUAACGAGAGUUAAAGAACCGUUAUCCAUCACCAUGUUCAAUACAGGUAAAUCAACAACCGGAGUCAAUGGUCAAUUUGUUUUUUCUCAAGUUCUGAUUGACUGCCUUUUACGAAUGGAAUCUAAUAAAAGAGACAUAGAUGAACUUAUCGCUCGUUGCGAAACUGAAUAUCGUGGCAACAAUACUGAGCUCAAUAGACUUCGUGAAUUUCAAAAGGAUUACUCAUAUGACAAAGCGCUGUCGUGGUACACUCGUGAGUCGUUCUUCUACAGAACUUUGAACAAAGCUCUUCGUUGUCAAGAUAUUGAUAUGAUGUUUCUGUAUCGUUCGUGCAUUACUGAUAUUUAUCGUCAGCUACAGCGAUAUCAGUCUAAUAUUCCACUACAUGUCUAUCGGAGUCAGUUAAUGACGAAAAAUGAACUCGAAGAUCUCAAGCAAUCCAUUGGAGAAUUCAUUUCUGUAAAUUCCUUUCUUUCCACUAGUAUGAAACGUUCAAUUGCUGUCUUUCUUGCUGGCGAUACCACUGAACAAACUUAUAUGGAACGAGUAUUUUUCGAAAUCGAUGCUGACCCUAAAAUAGCUAUUUCGCAACCAUUCGCAGACAUCAGUACACUCAGUGAUUUUGAUGAAUCAGAAGUAUUGUUCAUGGUCGGUUCCAUUUUUCGUCUUAAUAGCAUCAGUUGCAAAGCUGACCAAGUAUGGAUCAUUCGAAUGACCCUGUGUAGUGGCGACGAACACGACUUCAAGGACGUUCUCGCGCAUAUGAAGAAGCAAAACGGAAGCGGACCGACGAAUCUUCGAACAUUCGGAAAAGUUUUAUGGGAAAUGGGUAAACUUGGUCUGGCUGAGAAAUACUACAAUCGUUUGUUGACCGAACUUUCACUGAAUGAUCUUGUAAUCAGCAACGUUUAUGAAGAUCUCGCUCAGAUUACUUCGCAAAAAGGUGACUUCGACAUUAGUAUGCAAUGGCGACAAAAAUCUCUUGCAGUUAAAAACCAACAUCAGUCAACUGGUACUGCUCAAAUUGACAACAUAAGCAACUCUAUUGGUAAGUUCGCCGAAAAAUUUGAUCAUUAUUGA